GAAUCUCCACUUGCUUCUAACUUCUCCCUUUUCUUUCUGCUCAUCUUGUUUGCUCAAUUCUGUGCCACCAUUGGUGCGUGAGUUAUUAUUUCCAAUAAAGUGACUUACACUCUUAUAUUUCAACCUUAGGUUGCGAAGCUGUUCUCGAAAAUCCAAGAAAUGGUAGAGGAAGAAAACAAUCUGGUAUUUGUUUUGAUUGAUGAAGUUGAAAGCCUCGCUGCUGCUAGAAAAGCUGCUUUGUCUGGCUCUGAACCUUCAGAUUCUAUCAGGGUAGUGAACGCUCUGCUGACCCAGCUUGACAAGUUGAAGUCCGCGCCAAACGUCAUAAUACUGACUACGUCCAAUAUCACUGCUGCUAUUGAUAUAGCUUUUGUGGAUCGUGCUGAUAUUAAGGCAUAUAUUGGACCACCAACUCUUCAAGCACGUUAUGAGAUACUGCGAUCAUGCUUGCAAGAGCUAUUGCGUACUGGAAUUUUGUCAAAUUCGCAGGUACUGGAUGGAGAUCAUCUUGUUCUCCCAAAUUUUGCUAAUUUGAAGGAGAACUUGAGCGAAGUAGUUUUAACUGAGUCUCAAAUGUCGCUACAUCUUGGUAAACAAUUGCUUGAAGCUGCAGAGGCAUGUGAGGGUAUGAGUGGAAGAUCACUUAGAAAGCUACCAUUCUUGGCACAUGCUGCACUUGCUAAUCCUUACAGUUGUGAACCUGGCAAGUUUUUGCAUGUGAUGAUGCAAACAGCUAAAGGAGAACGUUCAGAGCUGUCCGAGUGAAUUUUUGCCAUUCAAUGUCAAAAUUCUUCUGUUACUAACCCUGUUACCAAGCUCAACUGUAGAGCAAAUGGAUGACUAGCACCGAUAAAAUGCCGAGAAUUAUCAUAUGGUUACCUGAGCCUGACAGAAACAAGCUCUUUAUUAUCUCUUCGGGAAAAGUGGAAGGGUUUCGGGCAAUGUGAAUUGUGUAACAGCAAUACAUUUGAAAGUUAUUACAUCAAUGAUAGGCAUUCUUGCAUGUUGUAACAUCAAUUGCGCUACGAGUUGCAUGUAUGAAAGUUAAGCUGAUUUAUGCGA